CACACACACACCACCGCGCGCGCACACACACACACACACGCACGCACGCACGCACGCACGCGCACGCGCGUGUAUUUCCUCGUGAUUCUCGCACGUGUAUAUUAACGAUUGAUCGACACCGAUACAAUUAGUGAACAGAGUCGUUGUAAUAUAACGUUUAACAAGGAUAUUAUAUAAAAUACAGCAGGAUGAACGAGAUAGUGUUACCACCCUCGCCAAGCUGGUAUCUGAGCAACAUUCUUGCUUGCUCAAAACGUGGAACCCUGGCAUUCGGUGCCAAGAAUUAUAUCAUUAUUGCAAGGCAAAAAGAGGAUUAUCCAGGUCUACAGUAUUCGAUAAUUAAGGAUUUUGUUAAGGAUAAGAUAACAGCAGUGGCAUUCUGUCCUAAACUCGACAGUCCGGAUAGUCCGGAGUUACUGAUUUCUGGUAGUGAUGAGGAUAAGAUCAAAAUUUGGAAUGUGGAUACAUUAGAAUUGGUCGUGGAAUUUUCUUUCAAGGAUGGCAAAUCAAUUGUAGGAGUUGACUGGUCAGCCAAAGAUAACAAUCUUGCCUAUGCGGUAAAUUCAGAAGGCUUUCUAAUGUAUUGUUAUAUAUCAUUUGAGACGUGCAAGAUUAUACCUCUAGGCAAGCUGACCGCUACAUGUUUGGCUUGCUGUCCCCAUGACUCGAAUCUUGUAGCGAUAGGUACCAAAAGUGGAUUAAUUUAUAUUGUUCAAAAAGAAACGAUAUUAUAUAAACUUAGAGGACACGAUGAGGAAAUAGUCAGUUUAUCAUGGUGUCCUUCGGAUGUAAACGUCUUGAGUGGAAAUGAUAAGAGGGACCUACUUUUAGCUUCCGGUGCAAAAGACAAAUCGGUGUUUAUCUGGAAAGCUGGUGGAGAUGGUAGAUACGAGACUGUGAUAAAUAUGCCGCAUGCGCCAUUCCCUAGUUUUUCUCACAAAAGCAAACUCGGCACGACUGGAACUUAUAUUGCUGUGUGUUGGGUGGAGCCCAGAGUGCUUUUAACUUCUUCUCUUUGGGGUGAACUUCUCUGUUGGUAUCUUUCUACAAAUAAAAGCAAGCCUACGUGUAAAUUAUUCCAUGCACACCACAGCAGAGGAUUGUUUUGCAUAGCCGCUGUACUCAAAAACAAUUCAAUAUCUGACAAUUGGAGGACGGAAUCUGAACUCACGGUUUGGACUUUGGCACAAGAUCGCUGGAUUAUAUGUUGUAAGCGAAACAGCGAUCCUACUGAAUCGGCGAUCCUAGAGUAUAAGAUUCCUACGCAAGGAGGAUUCAUCUAUUGCAUGGGAGCUUGUUCUAUCGAUACUACGCGUAUUGCAUUUGGCGUUGGAGACGCGAUGUUGCGUCUGUGGAACUUGUCUGAACCUCACGCCAAAACUUUCGAUAUUGUUCUGCAUUGGCAGAAGAUAAAAGGGAAGAUAAGAGCGGUGUCAUGGUUCCCUGAUGAUGAAAACAUAAUAGCCUUUGGUACUGGAGAAGGUCGCGUUGGUGUAUUCGACGCAAUUGGAACUUCUAAUAAGCCACCUAUAUUGUACAGGCAGUAUCAUAGAAAUACUAUUUACAAGCUCGAAUGGGCUAUGCUUGGACCGGAUUACUUUUUAUUCUCCUGUGCAGAAGGAGAAUUAGUAGCAUACAAGAAAUCCGCGCCUAAUGAUGAACCCAAGUCCAUAAUCAAGGAAGGAUGCACGGAAUUUUCUUGGAAAUCCAACUUUUGCUUAGCGAUCGCAUUAGAAAAUGGAUCAAUUAACUUCUAUGAUCAGAAUCUGAAGAAACACAAAAAUACGAUACACUAUUUUAGAUCUAUGGUGAAUUGCUUGGUGUGGCAUCCCGAAAGUACAACGACAGAUGAAUGGACAUCGUCAGCUGCCAAUUAUUUGGCAGUUGCCUCCGAUUGCAAUAUAGUAAUUUUUGAUAUGUCAGAGCUGAUAAAGGAAAUGCAGAUAUCGAAUAUCGAGCAUUGUAUUGAGAAAGAAGACAGUAAUGAAGAACGCAAGCUACACGCAAGUUACAAGAUUGUAGCAACGUUAAAUGGACACAUCGAUAAAGUGGUGUGCCUAGCUUGGAGUCCGCACUGCAGCGGGCACUUGGUGUCCGGUAGUUACGACAAUGUCGCACAGGUUUGGAACGUUAAAAAGCAGGAGCUGAUGGGCACAUACAUGGGUCACGAUGGACCCAUUCUAUGUUGUAUGUGGAGUCCUCUCAAACCACAAUUGAUAAUGACCGGCUCGUCGGACUUUAUGUUACGCAUGUGGGAUUAUACUUCGCCAGCGCAAUCGCCGAAGCAAAUGUCUGACAUUAAAACGAAGAAGAAGCAAAAACAGCAGAAGCCACAAAAGAAAUUGCCACAAAGUAAAACGAAUGAGGCGGAAAACAAUACGACUAUAUCAAAUGAUCAACCUAUCGUACAUAAAACAAAGUCUGAAGUAGUGGUACCAAAGAAAAAAGAGAAAAAUUUAUAUUUUAAUGAAUACAGCAAAGUAAUAAAUGACAAAUCCAAAGUUUUAAAUUUUAUUACAAAUGAUAUAAGAAAGAAUCAAGAGCAAUCCGAAAAAAAUAGCAAAUCUAUCGCAAACCUAUCGCUAUUCUCUGAAAAAGAGCAUCUUUUAGAACUCAUUAAUCACGAGAAAUUAACACAAGAUAGUUCAAACGCCGCUACUGAGAUGAAUAUGUGGUGCGACAAUCUACGAAACAAUCUACUGUGCGCGGCUAAGGAUCAACAAUUAAAUGACUUUCUAAUAUCGCUCGCGCCUAGCGUUUCUAUGAAAAUGUGGAAGGAGAUGUGCGAAGCGUACGCGCAUCAAUUAAUAAGGCAGUGCAAUGUGGAGAAAGCAGUGUCAUAUUUACUUUGUAUACACAAAAUUUAUGAAGCUAUAGAAGCAUUUUUAGAUGCUAAUAUGUUUAAAGAGGCUUAUGUGCUUGCGAGAUGCAAAUUGGACUCCGAUGAUCCGUUUUUGAAAAAGAUAUUAGAAUUAUGGUCGGAAUGGGGUGUUUUCAAUGGUCUUCUGGAGCAAGCAGCUUAUUGUCGCGUAGAAUUAAAGCAGUUUGAUAAGGCGGCAAAAAUUCUUGCUCGUCGGAAAGAUGUACAUUGCUUGGAGGUAGCGUCCGAAUUAGCGUUUCUAAGCGGUGACGAAGGAUAUGGUAUAUCCUUAAUUAUGGAUGCGAUGACACGUGCUCUUAUCAAAUCAGAUUGGUCGAAAGCACGUUCUCUUAUCGCGGGUAUCCGACAGAUUCAGUAUUUAAACGUGCAUAUAGAUGCUCACGAGGCGAUUAUGAGCACAUAUGGAAAACAAACUGAGCUUGAUUCAAUGCGAAGGUGGUUGGGAAAAACGGAAAGCCAUGGAGUAUUACAAACUCUUGAAAUGAAAUAUGAUGCUUCUUACUUUGACGCCUUAUGCAAGAAUGAAAGUAUCAAUGCUGUUCUGAAAAGUGAAUCAAAAGAUACAAUGAUGCAAAUGAAAGCUACCUAUCGAAUAGCUAUAGCGGCUACAUGUGACGCAAAAGAGACUCGAUUGAAACAUUUAGCAACAGUAUUAGGUGACGUGUACGAGUGCGAGGAGAUAGCAGUCGAGCAUGGAACGGCGACAAGUGAAAAAUUCUUCAUUCAAAUUCUCGCGAAAAUAGAUAUUAGAAAACCAACGGACGAAGGUAGCAUCUACGCGAAAAGCGAUUAUCCCGUGUCGCAGAAUAUACGCGCUUACUUAUGUAUUGGUCUUCUAAAUUGGUUGUUAAAUUAUGAGGAUCAGUUGUUAGUCGAGGAAGAAACACAAUUUACGCAAUUGAUAUUGGAUUUGCUGGACGAUGCCAUAAAUGAAACAACCUUAUCUUAUCAAAAUAAAAUUUGUAAACUUGGUCAACUGGAAGAUCAACUUUCGCUCUUGACAUUGGAUGAUGAUGUCGAAAAUGAUGACGCUUGUAAGAGAAUUAAAGAGGAGAUCGAGAAGCUGAAGCUUGAUGAGAACAAGUUUAGGGAAGAACGAGUUUGCAUGCCGAAUCCCAAAAUCGUUUUCAAUAAAGCUUGUUUACUUGCCAACAAAUUAAGUGAUGAUAUUAAUCGAUUUCUACUUUUACAUUCUUUAGAUAAGUUAGUUAAAAUAAAAGAAAUUAAACUAGAAUUAGAGCCUGAACUAGAAGAAAGUCCGGCAAAAAAGCUUGAAAAUAUAGCUCAAAAAAUAGACGAAAGUACAUUGAAACAAUACAAAAUAGAAAUAAAUAGUUCUAUUAGUUCACAUGAGUCAUAAAGGAAGAAUAUAUUAAUAGUUUUAUACGAUUAUAAAUAAUAUCAGGUGCAUUACAAAUUACUUUUAUACAUUCUCUGUAUGUAAAUUUGAUUAUUAUACAGUACAUUUUAUAAAAAUACAUUUCUUUUCUAUUAAA